AUGGUUCAGUCGAGCCCCAAGCCUCGUCUGGACCACAAGAGCCCCAAGCCUCGUCUGGACCACAAGAGCCCCAAGCCUCGUCUGGACCACAAGAGCCCCAAGCCUCGUCUGGACCACAAGAGCCCCAAGCCUCGUCUGGACCACAAGAGCCCCAAGCCUCGUCUGGACCACAAGAGCCCCAAGCCUCGUCUGGACCACAAGAGCCCCAAGCCUCGUCUGGACCACAAGAGCCCCAAGCCUCGUCUGGACCACAAGAGCCACAAGCCUCGUCUGGACCACAAGAGCCCCAAGCCUCGUCUGGACCACAAGAGCCCCAAGCCUCGUCUGGACCACAAGAGACCCAAGCCUCGUCUGGACCACAAAAGCCCCAAGCCUCGAAUGGACCACAAGAGCCCCAAGCCUCGUCUGGACCACAAGAGCCCCAAGCCUCGUCUGGACCACAAGAGCCCCAAGCCUCGCCUGGACCACAAGAGACCCAAGCCUCGCCGGGACCACAAGAGCCCCAAGCCUCGUCUGGACCACAAGAGACCCAAGCCUCGUCUGAACCACAAGAGCCCCAAGCCUCGAAUGGACCACAAGAGCCCCAAGCCUCGAAUGGACCACAAGAGCGCCCGCAAAGGAAAACGCUGA